AUGUCAUCUGGCGUGCCUCCGGUUCUUGCGGCCGCACAACCAGCAGCCAACGGUUUCAAUUUCAGUCCUGUCGGAUUUCCGAGCUUUGGAUAUUUGUUCCCGCCGAUUGUGAAUUCGAACGGAGGGGGAUCGUCGUCAAGUAACAGAUUCAAAGUGAAAAGACAUCGACAGAGAGUGGACGCCGGGGAGCCGAGGAAUACUUAUCAGGGUACCAACACCACCGUAAUCUCCUCCAACACAUCCACCUCAUCAGCCACCUCAUCCACGUCUUCAACGUCUUCUAAGAAGUUGUCGGAAUCGGAAGCCUCCACGACAACGACGACAAUGACAACUUCUUUUGAAAGGGAGAACAGUUUGAAACUAAAUGAGGAGGCCGAAGAAAUUGAGGCGAUGAAAAUGGAGAAUGAGAAUACGGCACAAGAGGAACAAGACGAGAUUGAUGCUGAUUAUGAGGAGAUAAAUGGAGGAGUUGGUGAAGAAGAAGAUGUGGAAGAGGAAGAACGCGAGAGCCCAGAGAGUAAUAGUAGCACUUCUUCGGCGUCGAAGAGGAAAAGUUUCCAGCCGCAGAAGAUUGGAGAAGAGUUAGGAAUUGAUAUUGGAGAAGAAACCGAACAAAUCAACGUCACCGUCGGCGGUGGGAACACCACAGAAGAUUCAGAUGACGUGCCAGAGGAGCCGGAGACAAAAGAGUUCUCGGCUCUACAGGCUCAGCUACAGAACGGGAAUAACACAUUUCACGAGCAACAGAGGAGGCUUUACACUGCGUUCAUCGAGCAACAGAAGAAACAGUUGGUGGCGGCAUCGAUGCUGAGCACGAACAAGGUAAACUACGAUCAGUUAAUAAACCUGUUGAAAGGAGAAGUGAUGGAUAAUUUAUGGAAGAAUGUGGAGAAGAUAAUAAAGGAAUGGGCGGCCAAUGAAAUGUCGAAGCAGGAGCCAGCGACUCCGGCUCCCCAAGCCCCUCCAUCAUUCCACCCAAUCUUCCCUCCCAACCCACUCUUCCACAUGCCGCCUCCUCAUCACCCAAUGAAUGGUAUGAAUGGAGGAGGCAUCUUCCCACCAAACUUCAACGCGUUCAACGCCUUCUCAGCUCUCCGUAGAAACUUCCAAGACGCCGAUGAGCCGAAAAGGAAGCGUACAAAGCUUGAUAUCAAAAAAGAGGAUAUUGUGAGUAGCCGUGCAUCCCCAUUGAGCGCCUCCGCCAGUCCACCACUCGGCAGAUUCUUCCCGGCACCAACUAUGGUCGGACACCAUUAUGGAGGCAUGAACUUCGGGGAUCGAGAGGACUCGCCAACGAAUUCUGAUGAGUUGAGCGAUUGUGGAUAUGAGGGGAACGGAUCGAGCUCAAUGUUGACGCCGAUGCAUUUGAGAAAGGCUAAAUUGAUGUUCUUCUACACGAGAUAUCCGAAUUCGAAUCUUCUCAAAUCGUACUUCCCGGAUAUUCGAUUCAACAAGAAUAAUACCGCUCAGUUGGUCAAGUGGUUCAGUAAUUUUAGAGAGUUCUACUACAUCCAAAUGGAGAAAUUCGCGCGCCAAGCGAUGAGCGAGGGCAUCACCGAUCGCUCGGAAAUCUUCGUCUCCAAGGAUAGUGAGCUCUUCAAAGUGCUCAACACACACUACAAUAGGAACAAUCAUAUUAAGGCACCCGACCGUCUUGUGCUCGUUGUCCAGGAGACACUCCGCGAGUUCUAUGAUGCUAUCAAGUUGGGCAAGGAUGCGGAGCCGUCAUGGAAGAAGACUAUUUACAAGGUCAUCAACCGACUCGACGACCAGAUCCCCGAAUUCUUCAAGGAGCCAAACUUCUUGGAGAGACUCGAAUCGUAG